AUGGCUUCUCGACGGGACUUCCUCAGCCAAAAGGCGCCCGAGAACUACGUCGCGGGUCUAGGUCGAGGUGCCACUGGAUUCACCACCAGAUCAGAUCUCGGUCCUGCUCGCGAAGGCCCCAGCGCUGAACAAAUCCAGGACGCCCUAGCGAAACGAGCGCAACAACUUGGGGCGGCUCCACCCACCGCAUAUGGCGCAACAGACAAAAAGAAGCAGGAGCAAGAGGAGGACGAUGACGAACGAUUCCAAGAUCCUGAAAACGAAGUCGGCCUUUUCGCCUACGGCCAAUACGAUCGAGAAGACGACGAGGCGGAUCGCAUAUACCAGGAUGUGGAUGAGAAGAUGGAAAGACGCCGCAAGGCACGAAGGGAAGCACGCGAGAAAGAAGAACAAGAAGAAUACGAUCGCAACAAUCCCAAGAUUGCCCAACAAUUCGCCGACCUCAAGCGGACCCUGGCCACAGUCUCGGACGAGGACUGGGCGAGUCUACCUGAUCCGGGUGAUUUAACAGGCAAGAACCGAAGAUCGAAGCAGAAUCUACGACAACGUUUCUAUGCUGUCCCUGACAGUGUGUUGGCCGGCGCACGGGAUUCGACGGAGUUUCAGACGAGCAUACAAGAAGAUGGCGGUGGCAUGGGGGCGAGUGGCGAUAACAAGGAUGGGACGAUCACCAAUUUCGCGGACAUCGGUGCAGCCAGAGACAAAGUACUCAAGGCCAGACUAGAUCGAGCCGCCCAGGCGGACGCGGGGACUGGCACAUCUACGACGAUUGACCCGAAAGGCUACCUGACCAGUCUCGCCACAACCGAGCUCAAGUCGAGUGAAAUCGAGUUUGGCGACGUCAACCGAGUGAGAGUGCUCUUAGAAUCAGUCAUAAAGACCAACCCGAAACACGCGCCCGGCUGGAUCGCCAUCGCACGUCUAGAGGAGUUCGCGGGCAAGAUGGUGGCUGCGCGGAAAUGGAUCGCCCAAGGCUGCGAACAGUGCCCCAAGAGCGAGGAUGCAUGGCUAGAAAACAUCCGACUGAACGACAAUCAAAACGCCAAAAUCAUUGCCGCGAAUGGCAUCAAGAACAAUGAACGGUCGACCCGGCUCUGGAUCGAAGCCAUGCAUUUGGAAUCCGAUCCUCGGGCGAAGAAACGAGUUUUGCGGCAGGCGAUUGACCAUGUGCCCCAAUCGGUCGCCAUAUGGAAAGAGGCAGUCAACCUGGAGGAGGACGCCGAGGACGCCAGACUCCUGCUUGCAAAAGCCACCGAACUCAUCCCGCUAUCCGUAGAACUCUGGCUGGCGCUGGCGCGUCUGGAGACACCCGAAAAUGCACAGGCGGUUCUCAACAAAGCAAGAAAAGCGGUGCCGACAAGCUACGAAAUCUGGAUCGCUGCAGCGCGAUUACAAGAACAAAUCGGAAACGCGAAUAAAGUCAACAUCAUGAACCGCGCGGUCAAAGCGCUCGUGAAGGAGGGAGCCAUGCCUAAGCGCGAAGAAUGGAUUACAGAGGCAGAGAAGUGCGAAGACGAGGGCGCGGUGCUCACCGCUGGGGCCAUCAUUCGAGAAACACUGGGCUGGUCUCUCGACGAGGACGACGACCGCAAGGAGAUCUUCAAGGACGAUGCCAAAGCCAGCAUCGGGCGAGCGCGGUAUGAGACCGCACGAGCGAUCUACGCAUACGCACUGCGGGUCUUUCCGACCAGCAAGUCGCUGUGGCUCCUCGCAGCCGACCUGGAAAGGAACCACGGCACGAAAGAAGCACUGGGCGCAGUCCUCGAAAAGGCGGUCGAGGCCUGUCCCCAGUCGGAAGUGCUGUGGCUCCAGCUCGCGCGCCAAAAGUGGGACGCAGGCGAAGUGGACGACUCGCGUCGCGUGCUCGCCAAGGCGUUCAACCAGAACCCCAACAACGAGGAAAUCUGGUUGGCGGCCGUGAAGCUCGAAGCGGACGCGAAGCAGGUCGACCACGCACGCGAACUGCUCUCGACGGCGCGGCAGGAGGCGCCAACCGAGCGCGUCUGGUAUAAAAGCGCCGCGUACGAGAGACAGCUCGGAAACAUCGACAUCGCGUUGGAUCUUGUGCUGCAAGGCCUGACGAGCACGGUGGUCAACAAGAAAGAGACAAGGUUCCCGCGCAGCGCGAAGCUGUGGAUGAUGAAGGGCCAGAUCUACGAGGACAAGGGCAUGGUGCCGCAGGCGCGCGAGGCGUAUUCGCAGGGCACGCGGGCGGUGCCCAAGUCGGUGUCGCUCUGGCUGCUGGCCGCGCGGCUGGAGGUCAAGGCGGGCGUGCUGAUCAAAGCGCGGUCAGUUCUGGAUCGAGCGCGACUGCAGAAUCCGAAGAACGCGGAACUCUGGGUCGAAAGCGUGCGGGUGGAGUUGAAUGCGAAUCCGCCGAAUGUGCCGCAGGCGAAAGCGCUAAUGUCCAAGGGGCUGCAGGAGUGUCCGAAGUCGGGACUGCUGUGGUCGGAGAAUAUCUGGCGGCUACAGCCUCGCACGCAGCGGAAGCCGCUUAGUUUGGAGGCGAUCAAGGCGGUGGACAACGACGCUAUCCUGUUCGUGACGGUGGCGAGAAUCUUCUGGGGUGAAAGAAGGCUCGACAAGGCGAUGAAUUGGUUUGAGAAGGCGAUUCUGGUAGACAGUGACCUCGGAGAUGCUUGGGGUUGGUAUCUAAAGUUUCUGAUGCAGCACGGCACUGAUGAAAAAAGAGAGGACGUCAUCUCCAAAUGUGUUGCUAAUGAACCUAAGCACGGCGAAGGGUGGCAGCGGGUGAGGAAGGACCCGAAAAAUGCAUACCUGACGACGGAAGAGGUGCUGAAGCAGGUGGCUAAUGAAUUGCAAUGA